AUGAAUUUACAUCUUAUUCAGUGAGUUUCCAAAGGAAAUGUAAAAAGAGAAAAGAAAAUGAACUUUAGAGCCUUAUUAUUGCUUCCGCUGGUUUUUUGCAACGCCUCGGUUUCUUUAUAUGAACCUUUUGAACUUUUCGGGUUGAGGAGGAACAGGUAAAUUGGAAAAUCAGUUGGAAAUUAGGAAAAAAGAGGUUUUCAGUCGAUUAGUUUGCGAUAUUGGGCCGUCAAACGGAUCGCAGGCGAUUUUGACAGGGAAAAUCAGGUUUUUAUCGAGUUUUUCGUGGUGAUUUUGAUAAAAAUAAUUUCGUUAAAGGUCAAAAAUGCUUUUUUGAUUGUUUUGCUUUGACUUUGAGAUGUGUAUGAAUGAAAAAAACGUAUCAAAGUUGAAAAUUAAAAAAAUUUGUUUCAAGGUAAAUUUUUUUCGAAUUUUUCAAGGUUUUUUUCCUGAAUUUCUUCAUAUUUAAGUUAUUUAUACAUUUAUCUUGCAAAAAGGCAAUUUUUCAGGAAAAAAAUUCGACAAUUUCCUUCAAUGAAAAUGCAAAUUUCAGCGAGGCCCAGAAACGGGAGGAAAAAGGUUCGUUUUUUUCCGCGAAAAAAAAUUUUUUCUAGUCAUUUUUUUGAGCGUAUUUCAUUAUUUUUUUAUGUAUUCUGUAUUUUUUUGAACGUUUUUUUCUCAUUUAGAACCAACAAAACCGAUCGAAUCUUUCGAUGAAUGGACCAAAAAAACGACGGGAUGCAGCCCAUUUGCAGGCGGUUUGUUUCGAAAAUCAUUUUUAACUUUUUUUUUUCCUGAAUAUUUUGUUUUUUCAGUUAUUUUUUGUUCUAGUACACUUUGAACACAUUUUUUUGGAAUAUUUUUGUUGAAAUUCGCGUUUUUUUUCAUUGUGAGAUUGGCUAGGAUUAUGUAAAUUUCUCGUUUUUUUAGGGAUUUUCUGGAAAAAUCGAUUUUUUUCGCUUUUCUUAAAGUUAGAUUUUUGAAAAAAGUCUUAGAAGUUUAUAAAAGAAAAAAAGAUGGGUGAAAAAUGGCUUUUUAUUGAUUUUUAAGUAGUCAAUUUCUAUCUGAUAAUUUCGAAAUUUAUCAUUUUUUUUCGGUUUUUAGGGAUUUUUUUCCUGACUUUUUUAUGGAUUUUUGAAAUAUUUUGACUAAAUUAAAAAAACCAAAUGUGUUUGAUACAGUGUUCCAAGAGAUCAAAUAGAUGAUUUAAGCGGAAAAAAAAAUUUUUUCCAUGAUGAUUACACGGAUUUUUCGAAACGAGCUUUUUUUUCGAAUAGUUCAAUUUUUUUCGCAUUUUCAAGUUCCACAAGAAUUUCUCAACAGUUUAUUAUUGACUUCUACAUAUUUUUUUAUCAUUUUCCAGACAGCCAACGUGAAAAACACCGGAUUGAAAGUGCCGCCGACGGCGAAUCAAGCCGCGGAACCUUCCAGGAACUUUGCCAGCAAGGAAUGUGGCGCCAAAGUCAUUUCUUCGAAUCCGAGUCGGAAAAUGCCAAGGCCGUCGUCAAUGACAAGGUUCCGUUACAGUUUUUUUGUUGCAAAAAAACGAAAAAUUUUUUUAUUGAAAAUCUGCCUUUUUUUAAAGGGUUAUGCGAUUUUGCGAUUUUUGAGAAAAUGCGAUUUUUGAAGAAAAAUAUAAAAAAAUUUCGAAUCCCAGUAAUGGUAAGGUUAUAUAAAAUCUCGUUGCGUAAGUUGUUAAUUUACAUUUUUUUCAGAGGAUUUAUGCUUAUAAUCUGAAUUUUUGAAUUAAAAAAAUGUAUGGAACACUCCCGCGGAUGAUAAGGCUCUAUUAAAAUUUUGUCAGAACGGAAUUUUUUUCGAAAAAAAUAUGUUUUUGUUGAUGAAAAACCCGUCUUUUCUAUGGGAAUCAAAGGUAAAAUCGAAAAAAAUCAUUUUUUUGUAGUAUGUAUGAAAGUUUUUCCGAAAAUCCCGGUAAUAGUAUAGUCAAUGUUUCCCGACUUGAAAGGCGUGGGAGGCGUGGCAAGGAGCGGGACGCGUAUCGUGUGCGUACGCGGUUCUUGGCACGUGUUCAAUUCAACCGCUAGCGAGCAUUCAGAGAGCUUUAUUUAUUGCUCUUUUUCACUUGUUUUUUAUUAUUUAUUGAUUAUGUUCAUGUGUGCAUCAAAAAAAUAGAAGAAAAAUACAGAAAAAAAGAGCGGUGGCCGAGCUUUUUUUAAAUAGUCGGCGGCGAUUGAAUUGAACUGGCGCCAAGAACCGCGUACGCACACGCUACGCGUCCCGCCCCUUGCCCCGCCUCCCUCGCCUUUCAAGUCGGGAAACAUUGACUAUAUGGUUCCAUUCAAAAAAAAGUUUUUUCUCGUAUGAAAUUAACCAUUUUUUUCAUAGGAUUCAGAGGCAAGAUCUAAAAAUUCAUUUUUCGGAAAAUAUUUGCAAAUUUUCCGAAAAUCUCGGUAUGCUAACAUAGGCAAAGUCGGAAUGACCCUUCACGGGCCCUUUGAGCGUCCGUUACGGAUCCGUCUGUUUCCGGAAAUUGUUCCUAAACGGUUUCCUUUUUUUACUGCCUUUUUGCGUCCUUUCAUCGGCCUUCAUCCACCCUUUUUUUGGACCCUUUUUGAGAAAUACAAUUUUUAAAUUGAGAAUAAUCUUUACAAGUGACCGCGUAUGAACCGAAAUAAGCUACAGUAAUAACAUCGGGAAUCAUCAAUAACAGAGACUUUCAGAACCUUUUUGAACCCCCACUCUUUCUUCACCCUUUUCGCGGCCUCUCCCUUUUUUCGCCCUUUUAUGACCCUUUUUAACCCAGAAAAAAUGAAAGGCUCAAUAAAGGCCGUAAAAAGGGACCCUUUUAGCGGCCAUUUUGCAGUCACUCCCUUUUUGCACCCGUUUUCCGCACUUCCGACUUUGGCAGUGAAGGUUCUAUUACAAAAUCUUCAUGGAUCAUAAAGUUUUUUUCAGAAAAAAAUCGAAUUUUAAUAAACUUUUUGAAAUACCAAGUUUUACCUUUCGGAAGUUUUUUUAAGCUCAUUUUUUUCUGCAUAUUUUCAUGAAUAUAAAUUUUUUUAGGACGUUUUAUGACGUUAAUUUCCUUUAUCAAACGAUUUUUAUGAGAUUUCAUUAUUUUUUUAUAGCAUUUUCCGAAAAAAAUUGACGCAUGAUUCCUUUUGAAUUUUUUGUUUUAAAGCUCAAAUUCAAGUAGGUACAGUUCGAAAAAUCUCAAGAAGUGGAAAUUUAUAUUUUUUACGAAACUUUAUUAAUUCCUUUUUUCGAAGUAAUUUUUCUCCUGAACCUAAUUUUAAUGUAUAAAAAACAAAUCUUUAUUUUAGGACGUGGACGAUUAUUUGCGGAACCCUUGUGAACAGGCCAAAGAAAAGUUUAUCGUUAUUGAACUUUGCGAAUCGAUUCAGGUUGAACUUCGAUUUUUAUCAUUGCCAUAUUGAUUUUUGAUGCUUUCAGAUUCAAAAAGUCUCGAUCGCCAAUUUUGAACUUUUCUCUUCGAGACCCAAAGAUGUGAGUUUAUAAAGUAUUUUUACGUUUUUCUCUGAAAAAUCGUAGAUUUGAGUUGAAAAAACGGGCUCCAGUUUAAUCUUUUUUGUGUAGUUUCUGAGAUGAAAUAUUUCGAGAUUUUAUCAAAUUUAGCCCGAAAAAAGGAGAAUUUAUUUUUCGAAGAAGGUAUAAUAAUACAUUCUUGGUUUUUUCAUCCAAUUUUUUGGUUUUUUCAAUCUUUUUAAUGAAGAUCUGAGCUCUAGAAAACAAAAAGAAGUUUGAGGAUCUUUUUUUCGAUUUUUUGAGGGUAGAAUUCAGUUUGGUAACCCAAUUUUACAAUUUUUGAGAUCAAAGAGGUUUUUUCAUUUAAGGAGGGAUUAUUAAAGCUUUUAGCUAACAAAAACAAGAAAGAAAUUUAUGUUUAGGAAUUUGGUUAUGAGUUCAAGUUUUUUUAACAUAUUUUUUUCGAUUUUUUUGAGCUUGAAAAAAAGGAUUUUUUUGAUUUUUUUGAAAUGAAUUUUCGAGCUUUUUAGUUAUCAAGAAACAACAAGAAUACUUCCAAGGAUUUAUUUUCAGGGGUCUGAUUGAAAUUUCAAGUAUUUUAUCCCAGUUUUUCGAUAUUUGAGCUUGAAAAAGGAUUUUUUUUUAACCUUUGGAAAAAAAUUUUUCAAGCUUUACAGUUAUCAAAAAAACAACGAGAAAAAAACUUUUUGAGAAAUAAAAAAAGUUUUAAAAAAACAUAUAAAUAUUUUUUUAGGUGAGUGUUUUUCAUCGCCGAACGAUUCCCGCCCACAGAAUGGACAUCCCUGGGCUCUUUCGAACUCCAAGAUAUCCGAAAAAUUCAAUCUUUCAAUGUCCCCGACAUUAAUCAAUACGCCAAGUUCGUCAAGGUAAAAAUAUAUAAUUUUUUUCAUGGGAAAAAAAUUGAUUUUUUUCAGAUAACCUUCAAUUCUCACUAUGGGAAAGAGCACUACUGUAUCGUCUCCGUGGUGAAUGUGAUGGGGACGACGAUCGCCGAUGAAUAUGAGAAAGAGGUGAGAAUAUGGGUCUCGGAGCGAUUUAUUCUGGGUUACUGUAGGCUCUCAAGUUAGGACCGAAACUUUAAAAUCCCUUAAGAAGCAUUUUUGGAGGAAACAGUUUUUGCAAAUUUUGGAUGUUUCACUGUAUAAUUUUUGAAUGAACGUCAGAAAGAGGUAAUACAAUGGGUCUUGAAGCGAUUUAUUUUGGGUCACUGUAGGCUCCUGAACUGAGACAACACCUUCAAAUUUCCUUAUUAAUUAGUUUUUAAAGAAGGUUUUGUCAGUAAUCUCAAUUCUUUAGCGGAUAAAUGCGAAAAAGAGGUGAAAAUAUGGGUCUCGGAGCUAUUUUUUUGGGUGUUUCGUUAGGGUUACUGUAUAUUUUUUUGUUAUAGAAAAAAAUUUUUGGAAUUUCUUCUGAAUAAUUUUUUUGAAGAUAUUUUUUUGCGGAUUUCUGAUGGGUUACUGUUAUAUAUAUAUAUAUAUAUAUAUAUAACAGUUCUAUUUCGAGACCCAUUUCUAGCUCUUUUCUGAGAUCAUCCAGCAAAAAAAUAAUAAUAUAUAUAUAUAUAUAUAUAUAUAUAUAUAUUUUUUUGCUUUGCUUUUUUUGCUGGAUGAUCUCAGAAAGAGCUAGAAAUGGGUCUCGAAUAGAGUUAUUGGCGACUGUAGAUGGGUUACUGUAAAUCUCUCUAUUGAUAAAAAAACUUGAAAUUUUUUUCUUGAGUUUUUGGAGGAAAAAAAGUGGUUCAAUAACAUUUUUUUAUAAAUUUUUUUAAACGGAAAAAAAUUGUUUUUCAAAAUGAUUUUUUUGGGAUUUUUCGACGGAUUAUUUCAAAUUAUUCAAAUUAUUCGAUUUGAACUUUUUUUCGAAAAAGUAAUCCAUGGGUUCGAAUUCAUUGAAAUAACCUAAGUCAAAUCAACAAGUAUUGGAGUAGGAUAGUGAAAAAAUUUGAAAGGUUGUUGUAGAUAUUUAUAAAAUUAAGCGGCUGAAAAACUUUUUUUUCGCAUGAACUCCAUAAAAAAUGGGUCCUUGAGGUUUUUUAUUGGUUAAUCUUUCUGUAUUUUUAGAUAAUACGGCUGAGAAACGUUUUUGACAUGAGUUCAUAAAAAUGUAAUCUUUAAAAGGAGGGUCUUGAGGCGUAGUGGUUUUGGACUUCGAGGGGAUACUGUAGAUAUUUUUUGAAAGAUUGCGGCUUUGAGGCGAAAAAUAUAUUUUUAUAUUUAAAAAAAGCAUUCCAAUAUAUUUUCAUUCUAUUUCUCAUCAUAAUUUUUCAAGUUUUUUUGAUGCAAUUUUUUUCUCAAGGAAGCCGCCGUCCGAAUGAUCAGCACCCAUGAUGUUGUUCCGCCCGUUCAAAAGGAGACUUUCAAGGUUUUUUUCAAUGUUUUUCGAAAAAGUAAGCUUCUUUCAGCCACAAGAACCCGUGGAAAACCAACAAAUCGAGCCGAAAUCGACAAUUAUCGAGUCUUCAACGGAAUUUCAGCCGGUCUUGGAGAAAAAGGAGGAAAAUGAUAGACGAAAGCCGGUUUAUUGGAUGAGGUGAGGGGGAAAUGGUAGGAAAUUGGUUUUUAUCGAAACUUUGACCGGAAAAGGUGCCCUGGAACACAUUUUGGGCCGAGGUUCGCUUUGCCCAGGCGUUCUGGCCCGGCGGGCCACUUCAGGGCCUCCCUUUUCCGUGAAAGCCUGCUUGGGCUUGGCCCAGCCCCUUUCAGAAUUUUUAAAAUUGGAAAAAAAUGAUUUUGCUCUGGAAAAGUUUGAUAGUUACCCUGGAGAAAUUUUGCACUUUUGGGCCUUUUUUUGCUUGAAGCUGUGCUUAGGGCCGGCCCGGGUCGGGCUCUCAAAGAAGGACCGGGCGGUAGGUAGGCUGACGGGCCGACCCGCAAGUUUGUUUUGAGACUCUUUGAAUAAAUAUUUCUUACAAAGGAGGUCAUUUCACUGUGCUUUUUACCCUGCAGAGAUUUUGCGCUUUUUUUGGGCCUUUUUUGCUUGAAGCCCUGCUUAGGGCCGGUUUAGAAAAAGGACCGGGCGGUAGGUAGGAUGACGGGCUGACCCGCAAGUUUGUUUUGAGACUCUUUGAAUAAAUAUUUCUUACAAAGGAGGUCAUUUCACUGUGCUUUUUACCCCUGCAGAGAUUUUUGCGCUUUUUGGGCCUUUUUUUGCUUGAAGCCCUGCUUAGGGCCGGUUUAGAAAAAGGACCGGGCGGUAGGUAGGAUGACGGGCUGACCCGCAAGUCUGUCUUGAGACUCUUUGAAUAAAUAUUUCUUACAAAGGAGGUCAUUUCACUGUGCUUUUUACCCCUGCAGAGAUUUUGCGCUUUUUUUGGGCCCUUUUUGCUUGAAGCCCUGCUUAGGGCCGGUUUAGAAAAGGACCGGGCGGUAGGUAGGAUGACGGGCUGACCCGCAAGUUUGUUUUGAGACUCUUUGAAUAAAUAUUUCUUACAAAGGAGGUCAUUUCACUGUGCUUUUACCCUGCAGAGAUUUUGCGCUUUUUGGGCCUUUUUUUUGCUUGAAGCCCUGCUUAGGGCCGGUUUAGAAAAGGACCGGGCGGUAGGUAGGAUGACGGGCUGACCCGCAAGUCUGUCUUGAGACUCUUUGAAUAAAUAUUUCUUACAAAGGAGGUCAUUUCACUGUGCUUUUACCCUGCAGAGAUUUUGCGCUUUUUGGGCCUUUUUUUUGCUUGAAGCCCUGCUUAGGGCCGGUUUAGAAAAGGACCGGGCGGUAGGUAGGAUGACGGGCUGACCCGCAAGUUUGUUUUGAGACUCUUUGAAUAAAUAUUUCUUACAAAGGAGGUCAUUUCACUGUGCUUUUUACCCUGCAGAGAUUUUUGCGCUUUUUGGGCCUUUUUUGCUUGAAGCCCUGCUUAGGGCCGGUUUAGAAAAGGACCGGGCGGUAGGUAGGAUGACGGGCUGACCCGCAAGUCUGUCUUGAGACUCAUUGAAUAAAUAUUUCUUACAAAGGAGGUCAUUUCUCUUUUCGAUUUGGAUUUUCCAGAAAAUUGACCAGAAUUUUCCUGGACAUACCAGAAAAAGUUUCUGAAGGUAACACACGUUCUCUGAGGUUUUCAAAAAUCUCUUGGUACAAGAAUUUCAAGUUGGUUAUUCAGAGCUCGUUUUGCUAUCAGACAUACUACAUAGCCUCUUCAGCUCAUAACACCUGUUUUUUAGAGGCUCCGCCCAUUUUCAGGGUUACGGUAGAGAAAAUACCAUAAAAAGCUAACUUUUUUCCUAGUGGAGCAAAGCGGUUCAAACCAACUUUAACGCAAAGAAUAUGCCAUUUUGAGCAUUUUUCGUGUUGAUAGCGACUUCGGGAAAAAUUUCCUUCCUCCAGAAAAAAAUGGAUUAAUUUUGAAAAAUGACGAUUUUUCGAUACUUCUGUGUUUUUCUUGGUCAGGAACCUCCGAUGCCGUGGAUUUUUAUUUUCUUAAUCGACGUGUUAGGGUCUUGUGAGUAUGGGAAAAAUAGCCGCCUAGUCAAAUUUCAAUCUCAGAGAACGUGUGUUAAAUAGGCAAUUGAAUUGAACUCGUGCCAAGAACCGCGAACGCACACGCUACGCGUCCCGCCCCUCGCCCCGCCUCCCUCGCCUUUCAAGUCGGGAAACAUUGACUAUAAUAGGUUUUUAGGGGCUUUAAGCCAUUCUUUCUCGAAAAUUAGGAAGUUGAGAAGGUUGAGACUUUCAGGAUCUUUUUCUAAUAUUUUGUAGGGUAUUCUGGCCAAUUUUUAGAAAAAUCCCAACCACAAAGAAUUACGACAUCCACUGUAAGUGUGUCUUUGGUUAAGACGGAGAAAAUUAUGAAUUUUAAUGUUUUGUAAAGGACUUUUAUUGGAUCUAGAUCUCCGAAAUCCGUUCAGGAAUUGAAAUUCUUCAUAUUUCUAGCCUCCGAAAAUGGUUCAAUCGCUGUAUGCAAUGUCCCUUGGUCAAAAGUAACACGACGCAUGUCUGCCUGGCCGUCUGUCGGUUAUUCAACAUCGACCAGGAGAAAGGCUUCAUGUCCAGGUGAGAAUAAGGCUUUUUUUGAAGGGAUGAAGAAAAAUAGAGUUUGAAGCUUCAAAAAAUCCUUUAAAAAGCAGGUAACAUUCAGAAAAGUCGGGAAAAAGGCUUCAUAUCAAGGUAAAAAUUGAAUUUUUCAGAAAAAAAAAUAUUGAUUUCAAAGCUGUAGAAAUGCUUCAAUAAGCAAAAAAAAAAUCAGAAGGGUCAAGAAAAAAAUUUAAUCAGUUAAAAAAAAAUCAAAAGAGUUCAGGAAUCAGUAUAAGGUUUAUUUCAAGGUAAAACUUUUUAGAAGAAACGUUUUUUUAGAAAAUAAGAGAAAAAAAUGAAGUUAUGUUCUGAAUAUACUAUAAAAAAAUCGUUAGUUAAUCAGAAAAUUCAGAAAAAGGCUUUCAAAGGUAAAAAAAUCAGGUUUUUUUGCAGAAUUAUGAGAAAAAAAUGGAUUUCUUCGAAAAAAAUUAUGGAGUUCAAAGCUGUAGGAAUCUUUUAAAAAUCAAGAAAUACUCAGAAAAAAAUUAGAAUAAAAGGCUUUAUUUCAGGGGAAAAAUCAGGUUUUAUAAGAAAGAUUGAAUAAAAAGGGACUUUUUGUAAAAAGUUAUAUAGUUCGAAGCUGUAGAAAAUCUUUGAAAAUCAAGAAAUGUUAAAAAAAUCAGAAAAAAAGGCUCUUUUUUUCAAGGUAAGAAUAAGCACGAAAAUUGAAAAAAAUGGAUUUUUUAGCUGAGAAAUUGUUUUUAAAUUUAGAAAAAAAGGCUUCUUUAAAUAUAACUUGACAAUUUUAUAUUAAAAUGCUUUUUCCAAAAAGGCCCUCAAAUUUGAAGAAUAUUCUGUUUUCUUGAGGGAAAAUUGUAGAAUUUGAAGCUUGGAAUUUAAUUUUUUUCAAGCUUCUUGCUUAGUUUCUAACAGAUUUUAGAUGAUUUUCAAGCAUUAAAAUCCAUAAAUUUUGGAUAAAAUAGCCUCGAAAUCAGAAUUUAUUUAGCAACACGACGAUUCGCCAAAAAUUCACGUUGAAGCAGGCGAAACGGCGCUUGAAAUCGGCCUACCAACGAUUUUCCGUCAUGAAAAUGUCGGUUUUCUCCUGGAUUCCUGUUUCAAUUUGACCUUUUCAGCAGGAAUAACACUUCGGAAACCCCGAAGCCGGUUCAGAAUGACUCCAAAGUCGAGAAAAAGGAGGAAAAGGUUGGGUUUUGAGUGUUUUUUCGGGAUUUUUAUGGCCUUUUGUUGGAAAUUUUCAUUUUUAGAAUGGAAAAAGACUCAGGAAACAGAUGGAAAAAGUUCUUAGGUCCAAAAAAAUUAAAUUAUUUUUUUGAAGAAAAAAAUGAUAAAAAUGAUGAAUUUAGGAAGUGUAGUGAGUUGAAAACCUAAAAUUUAAGCUCUGAAAUAAAAAUUUUUGAAUUUCUUUGGAAAAAUAUGGAAAAACUCGAGAUUUUUUGGCUGUAAAAAUUUCAUUUCUAAAAUAAAAAGUAAGAAAAAAAUUUUUUGCGUCCAAAAAAAUGACCUUAUUUUUUUGCAGGAAAUGAUAAAAAUGAUGAUUUUAGAAUUAUUCUAACAAGUUAAAAACCUAAAUUCGCCUUUUGAAACCGAAAAUUUUGAAAUUCUGUGGAAAAAUAUGGAAAAUUCGAUAUUUUUUUGAUGUAAAAUUCCAUUUCUAAAACAGAAAAAAAGUAAAAAUUUUUCGGGUCCAAAAAAAGGACCUUAUUUUUUUGCAGGAAAUGAUAAAAAAAUGAUUAUUUUAGAAUUAUUUUAAUAAGGUUAAAACCUAAAUUCAAGUCAUUGGAGUCGAAAAUUUAAAAUAACAUUUGGAAAAAAAUUGAAAAUUCUGGUUUUUGUCUUAAAAUUCCAUUUCUAAAAUAAAAAAAGUAAGAAAAAAAGAUUUUCGUGUCCAAAAAAAUGACCUUAUUUUUUUGCAGAAAAUGAUAAAAAAACUGAUAGUUUUAUGAGUUAAAAAAACCUAAUUUUUAAGCUUUGAAUUUUUCAGAAUGAGACGGAGAAAGUCGUUGAGCCGGUUGUCGUCGAAACUCCGGCCAAUGGAUCGACGAAAAAAAUGACGUUUCUCAAGAAAAAUUCGAAAGAAAUUCCGGAACCCGUGACCCCAAAUGGAGCCGCCUGUGAGUAGUUCUAGGAAAAAAAUAGAAUGGAAUCCUCAAAUUUUAAUAGCUAUUUGAAACUACGCCCCCGAAACUAUUUGAAACUACGAAAAGAUACUGUAACCCCCGGGGGCGGAGCCAGCUGCCAUUUUUUUCCUUCUGAAAAGAGUGAAUCUUCAAUUUUCCAGCAAACGAAGGGACUGUCCUCCCGGGAGCCGCCUUCAAUAACCGAGAAUCGAUUUUGAUGAAACUGAGCAAAAGAAUCGCCAGCGUCGAACUCAACCUGACCCUCUCAACGGAAUAUUUGAGCGAAUUGAGCAAACAGUUGGGUUUUUUUUGGAUAAAAUUUGAAAAUCUAAGCAUUUUUAUACAGUUAGGGAAGCUUUGGGGGAUAAAAAUUGAGAAAAAGAGGUUUUUUGGAAAAAUAUUGAGUUUUUACUGGAAUUUGGUUAGGAAAUUUGAAAAUUUUUAGUGAUUUUAUACAGUUAGGGAAGCUUUGGGGGAUAAAAAAAUUGAGAAAAAAAGAGGUUUUUUUGGAAAAAAAUAUUGAGUUUUUUUACUGAAUUUGGUUAGGAAAUUUGAAAAUUUUAGUGAUUUUUAUACAGUUAGGGAAGCUUUGGGGGAUAAAAAAAUUGAGAAAAAAAGAGGUUUUUUUGGAAAAAAAUAUUGAGUUUUUACUGGAAUUUGGUUAGGAAAUUUGAAAAUUUUAGUGAUUUUUAUACAGUUAGGGAAGCUUUGGGGGAUAAAAAAAUUGAGAAAAAAAGAGGUUUUUUUGGAAAAAAAUAUUGAGUUUUUACUGAAUUUGGUUAGGAAAUUUGAAAAUUUUAGUGAUUUUUAUACAGUUAGGGAAGCUUUGGGGGAUAAAAAAAUUGAGAAAAAAAGAGGUUUUUUUGGAAAAAAAUAUUGAGUUUUUUUAAUAGAAUUUGGUUAGGAAAUUUGAAAAAUUUUAGUGAUUUUUAUACAGUUAGGGAAGCUUUGGGGGAUAAAAAAAUUGAGAAAAAGAGGUUUUUUUGGAAAAAAAUAUUGAGUUUUUUUAAUAGAAUUUGGUUAGGAAAUUUGAAAAUACAAGUUUUUUUAUACAGUUAGGGGAGCUUCAAAGGGAUAAAAAAAUUGAGAAAAAGAAGCUUUUUUUCGAAAAAAAUUUUUGAGAGAAUUCACCGAAAAAUUUGAGUUUUUUUCACUGGAAUUUGGUUAGGAAAUUUGAAAAAUCUAAGCAUUUUUUUAUACAGUUAGUGGAGCUUUGGGGGAUAAAAAAAUUGAGAAAAAAAGAGGUUUUUGGAAAAAAAUAUUGAGUUUUUUUACUGGAAUUUGGUUAGGAAAUUUGAAAAUUUUAGUGAUUUUUAUACAGUUAGGGAAGCUUUGGGGGAUAAAAAAAUUGAGAAAAAAAGAGGUUUUUUUGGAAAAAAAUAUUGAGUUUUUUUAAUAGAAUUUGGUUAGGAAAUUUGAAAAUACAAGUUUUUUAUACAGUUAGGGGAGCUUCAAGGGAUAAAAAUUGAGAAAAAGAAGCUUUUUCGAAAAAUUUUGAGAGAAUUCACCGAAAAUUUGAGUUUUUCACUGGAAUUUGGUUAGGAAAUUUGAAAAUCUAAGCAUUUUUAUACAGUUAGUGGAGCUUUGGGGGAUAAAAAUUGAGAAAAAGAGGUUUUUUGGAAAAAUAUUGAGUUUUUACUGGAAUUUGGUUAGGAAAUUUGAAAAUUUUAGUGAUUUUUAUACAGUUAGGGAAGCUUUGGGGGAUAAAAAUUGAGAAAAAGAGGUUUUUUUGGAAAAAAAUAUUGAGUUUUUACUGGAAUUUGGUUAGGAAAUUUGAAAAUUUUAGUGAUUUUAUACAGUUAGGGAAGCUUUGGGGGAUAAAAAUUGAGAAAAAGAGGUUUUUUGGAAAAAUAUUGAGUUUUUAAUAGAAUUUGGUUAGGAAAUUUGAAAAUACAAGUUUUUUUAUACAGUUAGGGAGCUUCAAGGGAUAAAAAAAUUGAGAAAAAGAAGCUUUUUUUCGAAAAAAAUUUUUGAGAGAAUUCACCGAAAAUUUGAGUUUUUUUCACUGGAAUUUGGUUAGGAAAUUUGAAAAAUCUAAGCAUUUUUUUAUACAGUUAGUGGAGCUUUGGGGGGGAUAAAAAAAUUGAGAAAAAAAGAGGUUUUUUUGGAAAAAAAUAUUGAGUUUUUACUGGAAUUUGGUUAGGAAAUUUGAAAAUACAAGUUUUUUUAUACAGUUAGGGGAGCUUCAAGGGAUAAAAAAAUUGAGAAAAAGAAGCUUUUUUUCGAAAAAAAUUUUUGAGAGAAUUCACCGAAAAUUUGAGUUUUUUUCACUGGAAUUUGGUUAGGAAAUUUGAAAAUCUAAGCAUUUUUUUAUACAGUUAGGGAAGCUUUUGGGGGAUAAAAAUUGAGAAAAAAAGAGGUUUUUUGGAAAAAAAUAUUGAGUUUUUACUGGAAUUUGGUUAGGAAAUUUGAAAAAUUUUAGUGAUUUUUAUACAGUUAGGGAAGCUUUGGGGGAUAAAAAAAUUGAGAAAAAAAGAGGUUUUUGGAAAAAAAUAUUGAGUUUUUUUAAUAGAAUUUGGUUAGGAAAUUUGAAAAUACAAGUUUUUUUAUACAGUUAGGGGAGCUUCAAGGGAUAAAAAUUGAGAAAAAGAAGCUUUUUUUCGAAAAAAAUUUUUGAGAGAAUUCACCGAAAAUUUGAGUUUUUUUCACUGGAAUUUGGUUAGGAAAUUUGAAAAAUCUAAGCAUUUUUUUAUACAGUUAGGGAAGCUUUGGGGGAUAAAAAAAUUGAGAAAAAAAGAGGUUUUUUUGGAAAAAAAUAUUGAGUUUUUUUAAUAGAAUUUGGUUAGGAAAUUUGAAAAAUACAAGUUUUUUUAUACAGUUAGGGGAGCUUCAAGGGAUAAAAAUUGAGAAAAAGAAGCUUUUUCGAAAAAAAUUUUGAGAGAAUUCACCGAAAAAUUUGAGUUUUUUUCACUGGAAUUUGGUUAGGAAAUUUGAAAAAUCUAAGCAUUUUUUUAUACAGUUAGGGAAGCUUUGGGGGAUAAAAAUUGAGAAAAAGAGGUUUUUUUGGAAAAAAAUAUUGAGUUUUUUUACUGGAAUUUGGUUAGGAAAUUUGAAAAUUUUUAGUGAUUUUUAUACAGUUAGGGAAGCUUUGGGGGAUAAAAAAAUUGAGAAAAAAAGAGGUUUUUUUGGAAAAAUAUUGAGUUUUUUUAAUAGAAUUUGGUUAGGAAAUUUGAAAAAUACAAGUUUUUUUAUACAGUUAGGGGAGCUUCAAGGGAUAAAAAAAUUGAGAAAAAGAAGCUUUUUCGAAAAAAAUUUUUGAGAGAAUUCACCGAAAAUUUGAGUUUUUUUCACUGGAAUUUGGUUAGGAAAUUUGAAAAAUCUAAGCAUUUUUUUAUACAGUUAGUGGAGCUUUGGGGGAUAAAAAAAUUGAGAAAAAAACGUUUUUUUAAGAAUUUCUACAGGAUAUUUGAGGAAUCUAGCUAAAAAUUAAGUUUUUCACUGGAAUUCGGUUAGGAAAUUUGAAAGUUCAAGUAUUUUUUUAUACGGUUAAAGAAAUUUCGAAAAAGGGAAAAAUUGAGAAAAAUAUGGUUUUUUUCUUUAAAAAAAUAGGUAGAUUUUUGUGUUGAGUAUAUAGUAAAACUUAACCUGAAAAAUGAAAAAAAAAUUUUUUUAACCACUUUUUUAGUUCCCAUUGAGAUUUCCACUGUGUGAAGUUGAAAAUCUUCUCAUUUUUUGUAAAAUUUUCGUGAAAUAGGCUUAAAAUCAAGGGUUUUUGUUGUUGUUAUCGUGGAAAUUUUCGAAAAAAGGUUGGAAGGCUCAAAAAAAAUUUUUUUUUUCGAGUUUGCCAUCGUUUAAUUUUUCAUUCAGACCUUCAAAAAAUCCCUUUUCUAGGUACGUCAAUCAGAUGAACGGCUACAAGAAAGAGCUGUCAAAAUCCCACCGACUUGCCAGUGAAACGGCCAGAAAUUCCGAGAUUUUGAUGCGAUCCAGGGUGAUUUUACUGAUUUUUUGAAGGGUUUUGUUCAAGAAAAUUGAGAAAAAGUGGUUUUUAUGAAAAUCGAUCGUAAAUUUCAUGAAAAAGAGAUGAAUUUUGAUAUUUUCUGUCAAUUUUGGAACGAAAAUUAAUAAAUCUUGGAAAUUGAAGAACUUAAAAACGCUAAGGUAGUCACUACAGGACGACCUCAUCCCUAUAGGGGCCACUGAAUAUUGCAAAAGUGGCCACUCUAGGGGAGCAUGCUAGUGGUCCCUAUAGACCCUUUUAAUUUCCCAAAACUGAACCAAAAGUUAAGCUACCCCUAUAGGGACCACUUGAGCGUCAGGGCCAGACCCUAGAUCCUUUAAAGGACCACCUGAUCUUUACCCCUAUAGGGAGCACUUUUCAAACUUCAAAUCUGAGCAGAAAAUUGAAAGGCUCCUAUAGGGACCACUCAGGGUUUAGAAGAUGAGCGGUGAGACUAUAAAUCCCUAUAAUGGCCACUUCUAGGGAGCACUUUUUUGUCUUUAAAUAUUAACCAAAAAUUGAGAGAUCCCUAGAGGGACCACUUGAUAUUUAGAAAAUAAGCGUUCAGACCCUGAAACCCUAUAAUGACCACUUUUAGGCAGCAUUUUUAGGCCUUCAAACACGGACCUAAAAUCAAGAGACCCCUCUAGGGACCACUUGAGCUUUUGAAGUUAGACCCUAAAUCUCUAUAGGGAGCACCUAAGUUUUAUCCCUAUAGGGAGCACUUUUCUGCUUUCAAAUCUGAGCAGAAAAUUGAAAGACUCCUAUAGGGACCACUUGAGCUUCAGGGGCUCACGGAUCAGACACUAGAACCCUAUAGGAACCACUUAAAUUUUACCCCCUCUAGGGAGCACUUUUUCAGCUUUCAAAUAUGAACCAAUAAAAUUAAGAGACCCCUUUAGGGACCACUUGAGCUCUAGGGGGGACACCUUAGAUUCCUAUAGGGAGCAUUUUUCAGCUUACAAGUCCGAUUUAAAAAUUGAAAGAUCCCUACAGGGACCACUUGAGCUCUAGAGGGACGCCACAGAUCUCAAUGGGGACCACCUAAAUUUUACCCCUAUAGGGAAAACUUUGGGAGCCCUUUUUCAAGCAUUUUAAAGGCUGUUUUUUGUCCUAACCCCUAUAGGGACCACUUUUCAGCUGAAAAGUCUGGUUUAAAAGUUAAAAGACCCCUACAGGGACCCCUUGAGCUCUAGGGGGGCCUUUUAAAUCCCUAUAGGGACCACCUAAUUUUUACCCCUAUAGGGAAAACUUUGGGAGCCCUUUUUCAAGCAUUUUAAAGGCUGUUUUUUGUCCUAGCCCCUAUAGGGACCACUUUUCAGCUUAAAAGUCUGGUUUAAAAGUUAAAAGACCCCUACAGGGACCCCUUGAGCUCUAGGGGGGCCUUUUAAAUCCCUAUAGGGACCACCUUAUUUUUACCCCUAUGGGGAAAACUUUGGGAGCCCUUUUUCAAGCAUUUUAAAGGCUGUUUUUUGUCCUAGCCCCUAUAGGGACCACUCUUGAAUCCCCAAGAAGAAAAUAUUCCGAAAAAACAUGUAAAAAUCCAGGUAAAUCGCCUACGACGCGAGGUUCAAGACCUAAAAAGGGCGUUUUCAAUAAUCCGUCUGACGAAACUGGAAAAUGACGAACUUUUCGAUUUGGUCAAGUUCACGAGGAGAGGCUACGACGAGAGUUGCUUCAGCAAGCCUCAGGGUGGUGAGGAAUCGAAAAUAUUCUUGUAAAAUUCAAAAUUAAAAGGGAAAAAUGAAUUUUUAUUGGUGACUUUGUACUGUAAAAUUCGAAUUUUGAAGCUGAAACAUUGAUUUUUUGAAUAUUUUUGCCUGGAAAAUUCAGAAAAAUCGGGUUGAAUUCUAUUGAAAUGCCUUUCGGUCACAUUUCUGGGUUUUUUUCAAGUUUUGACGAAUUUCUGUACCAUUUUUUUGUUCAUUUUUCAUUGUUUAAAUGAAAGAAAUAUGAUCUUGAAUCAAAUUUUAAGCCAGUGGUUUCUGAAAAAUCGAUUCAACUUCAGGUUUCGAAACAAAAAAACAGUAAUUUGAAGGAAAAAAUGAGGUCUUAGUGGUAUCUUUGUACUGGAAAACUUGAAUUUUGAAUGAAAUAAAUUGAUUUUUGAAUAUGUUCGCCUGGAAAAAUUCAGAAAAAUUGGGUUAUUUCAUUGAAAUGCCUUUCGGUCACAUUUAUGGGUUUUUCAAGUUUUUGAUGAAUUUUCUCUGAUUUCAGUGCGAUUUUUUUGAUCUUUUUUUACGUUUUCAGUACAUUUUUUUGUUCAUUUUUUUCACUGUAUAAAUUGAAAAAAAUUUUUCCCUGUGUCAAAAAUUUUUAAGCCAGUAGAUUCCGAAUAAUUGAAUUAAACUCAGGUUUCGAAACAAAAAAAUGAUAAUUUGAAGGAAAAUAUGAGUUUUUUUAGUGGUGAUUUUGUACUGGAAAAAUCGAAUUUUGAAGCAAAAAUUUGAUUUUUUUGAAUAUUUUUGCCUGGAAAAACUCAGAAAAAUUGGUUUUAAAUUUCAUUGAAAUGCCUUUCGGUCGAAUUUCUUGGUUUUUCAAGUUUUUGACGAAUUUUUUUCCCUUUUCAGUACAAUUUUUUUGUUCAUUUUUUUAGUGGUAUCUUAGUACUUGAAAAUUGAGAAUAUUUUUUUGCAGCGUUUUUUUCCACGAAAUGAAAUUCUUUACAAUUUUUUUGCUAAUUUUUUUCAAUGUUGGAAUGAAAAAAAUUUGACCUUGAAUAAAAAUUUUGAGCCUGUAGAUUCCGAAAAAAAUGAGUGAAAUCCGCAUUUUUGAAACAAAAAUAGUUUUUAAUUUUUCAAUAAUUAAGGACUGGAAAAUCGGGUUGUUUUUUUCAUUUAAAAAAUUUUUUCCCAGUUUUUGGUGGACUUUUUCUGAUUUUUUUAUUGGUUUUUACCAAAAUUUUUCAGACCUUAAAUGGUAUAAAAAGACGAAUUUCCUAGCCAGAAAAAUUUUUAAUAAUUUGAAAAAUGUGAUGAAAAUGGUAGAAAAUUUGAAUAAAAACUUCAAAAAAAUGACCUUUUUCAGAUCACGAAAUUCCACGAAUCAGCAGUUCAAUCGAGGAGGAAAAAAACUCAUCGAUCCGAUGAUUUCAUACACGCCAAAUUGGAAUGUAAGUUCAUUUUUUUAGGCCUAGAACUGAAAAAAAGAUGAGAAUUGACCCAUAAAAGUACUAGAUUUUUCAAAAAAAUCGAGAAAUUUCGAAAAAUUUGAAGUAGAAUGCUUUUAAAGACGAUGGAAAGCUUGUAAAUGGCCUCAAAAUCUUAAAAAUCUUUUUAGCUUCAAAUUCCGAAGAAAUGUCCGAAAAAGUCACGAAAUUGAUCAAAAAUUGAAUUUUUCAGCUUUCAAUAGAAAAAUGCUCUGGAAAGUCACAAAAUGGAUACGAAUUUCAACGGAAAAUCCAUUAAAUUUUUUUCAAAUUGAAAUAUUGCUUCAAAAGGUCACGAAUUAAUGUGAAAUUAAUAGAAAAAAAUACAUUUUUUUGAACCUGUAAAUGGAAAAAAAUGAUUUUUAAAGGCGAAAAAUGAUGAAAAAAAUCGAUUUAUUGUUCAUUUUUCAAUUUUAAAAAAAUUUAAUCGAAAUGAAAUCAAUUUUUCUACAGUAUUUCGGUUAGAAAAAUUGAAUUUUUUUCAAUAAUUCAUCUUUUUCUGUUUGAAAAAAGAGAAAAAAACGACUUUUUUAUAUUUUUGUAAGCAUAUCCUUCACAGAAUUGUUUAGAAAAAUUAGGAAAAAAAAUUUUUCGAAAAUUCACAUGAAAUUGAUGCAAAAUGGACCCGUUUUUUGGACCCUUUUCAGAAUUUUUCUCUAAUUUUCAGACGGACCAAGUAAUCGGCGCCCUGAUCGUCUCCAACAUGUUGGCCUUGAUCCUGCCGUUCAUCUUCUACUUCUGCAUCUCGAGCCGAAUGUCCCACGCCCUGAAAACCCAAGAAGAACGUCUCCGGGAAGACAGCGGCCGACGUCUGAAGGCCGUCAAGGCGGUCCAGCAACGCCUCCUCCUGAAGGGAAUCCGCAAGGCCGAGGCGGCCAUCGCCCUCCUCGCCCACACCCAAACCGGCACCUCCAAGGAACUGAACGCCGCGAUUUGCGCGGCGCUGAACGCCCAGAACACGACGAUGAAGGAGCUGUUCGCCUCCCAGGACGACCGCAUCUUCGAACAGUUCGCCGCCCAACAAGUCGUCUUGAAACGGAUCCUCGAGGCCGUGGAGGUCGUCAGGAGGCCCGAGAUGGCACUGGUAAGAAAAAGCGCAACGCAAGUGUCGCAGGCGAUAUAGCCAAAACUUCUUGCCGCGAUUUCGACAAAGACUCGCUGGCAUGUCGCUUUUUUUCAUAAAUCUGAGAUUGGAACUUAUUUUUGUUGCAUUUCAAGAAGAAAAAAUUUUUUUCAAAAAAGCGAUAUAGCGCGAGAUUUUUUUGCGAUAUCGCGACGGGAGAUGAGCGAUAUCGCUUACGGUUCCCUGAUAUAUGAUAUUGAGUGAGUUGAGGGACUUUACCAGUGUCUGAGCAGCAUUCCAAAGAGAAAGAUUUUUUUUUUCGCCUCAACCGCGUCGCGACCGCAACGCAAGUGUCGCAGGCGAUAUAGCCAAAACUUCUUUGCGAUAUCGACAAAGCCUCGCUGGCAUAUCACUCCUUACAAUAAACGGAGAUUAAAAAAACCUUUUUGCUUCAUUUUGAAUUUCUGAUUUAGCGCGAGAUUUUUUUGCGAUAUCGCGACAGGAGAUGAGCGAUAUCGCUUACGGUUCCCUGAUAUAUGAUAUUGAGUGAGUUGAGGGACUCUACCAUUGUCUGAGCAGCAUUCCAAAUAAUACGUCUUUUUUCGCCUCAACCGCGUCGCGACCGCAACGCAAGUGUCGCAGGCGAUAUAGCCAAAACUUCUUGCCGCGAUAUCGACAAAGUCUCGCUUCCAUAUUGUUUUUUUUCAUAAAUCUGAGAUUGGAAAAAAAAAUUUUCAAAAAAAGCGAUGUAGCGCGAGAUUUUUGCGAUAUCGUAAGGGGCGAGCAAUAUCGCUUAUAUAGAGAGCUAUAACGCUAAAAAAAUAAUAUAUAAUAUUGAGUGAGAUUGAACACGGUGAAUCGACUGAAAUUUUCAAAGUUUUUUGGACUCUGUAAAUUGCGAACAUUUUUUUUCAAACUUCCAAUUUCAGGACCUCGAAAAUGUCGGCGAAGGAACCGAUGAUGAACAUGUGGACGGUGAUUCGGAUAGCGUAUCGACAGCCUAA